AAGUGAAGCCAUUAUCUUCUUGUGUGCGUGCAGUACCCUGUCCUUUCCCCAGUCAGUAGUCACCACCACCACCUAUCUAUCUAUUAUCCAUAUUCCAUCACCAUUUCCCCUCUUACUCUGUUUCGAGAGAUGAACUCGUUGAACCGUUACACUAUCAGAUACCCACCAUAGCAUAACGCUUUCCCCCAACACCACCAACUGCGUCUUCUUCUUCUUCUUCUUCUUCUUCAUGGCCGAACUUGGUUUUUCGCACCCCCAUCACCUUUUUCGCCCCAAUGCUCCCUUCAUUAUCCCACCCAAGAGGUGGGAAACAGAAAGCAGCGGAUGGAAAUGGAGUUUAGAUGAAAAAAGACACAUAUGCCAUCAAUAUCAUGUACCACUGCACAGUGUAUUUCGAUUGAUGUACUGUAUGAAGAACCAUAAAUCAGUCAGAAGUUUAGCUGCAUUAUCAACAGAGAAAGGAAAGUCAGCUACUAGUGUUGAUGAGUUAUGCAAGAUCAUUUGGACUGUGGAAGCAGAUUUAGAAGAUGGUCACCUACUGUUCAUAACUGGUGAUCCUGCUGUAUUAGGCUGCUGGAAACCAAACAUGGCUGUACUAUUGUCUCCUACAGAGCAUGCAAACAUAUGGAAAGCUGAAUUUCAGAUUGCUUUUGGCUUGAACUUUAAAUAUAAUUAUUUCAUUAAGGGAAAGUUUGGGUCCUCAAGUGAUGUUCUUUGGAGGCCUGGACCAGCUUUUUCUCUGUCAGUACCUCUUACGGUCCUUGAAGACAAUAAAAUUGUGGUCAGGGAUUCAUGGAUUAGGUCUGAUUCCCAGAUGUCUUCAGCUCAUGCAUGGAGCCCCUUCACAGAGGAAACAUAUCUUCUAGAGCAACCCUCUAUAUCUUUCCUGAGCAAAGAUGAUGGAAGGAUUGAGAGUCCCCUUGAAAAUGACGUCCUAAAGUUCGAGACACUCCUCUUGGAAGAUCAAUUACUCUACAACAAUGAUGACAUGGUGAUUGCGAAUGACAAGGAUUUCCAGUCUACUAAUGUUCUUUCUGAGAAUUACCAGCCUGUUGAGGAACCCUGGCUACAUUCAUUCUGUUCCGUUGUCUCUAACAAUAAAAUGGAAUCAAAUGUUUCUGAAACUGGUGACACUGCAAAAGAGAAGGUGAAGCUGGCAGAUAGAGAACAGUUGUUACUUGAAGAAAGUAGUAAUAUAAUGUCAAAAGACUCCUUUUCCACCAUUAUUCUAAUUAACUCAUCAAUAUGUACCAUGCAAAGAAUUGCAGUACUGGAGGAUGAAAAAUUGGUUGAAUUAUUGUUGGAACCAGUCAAGAGUAAUGUGCAAUGUGAUAGUGUAUAUGUUGGGGUGGUCACAAAGCUUGUUCCUCAUAUGGGUGGGGCUUUUGUAAGUAUUGGGAAUUCUAGAUCUGCUUUUAUGGAUAUUAAGCAAAAUAAGGAGCCAUUUAUAUUCCCUCCAUUUCGUCAAAGGACAAAGAAACAAGAAAUCGAUCUCGAGGGAAAAAAUGAUCACACGUCUCAUGUUAUUGAUGUAUCUGAUGGAACAUCAGACAUAAAUUCUGAGGAUGGUUGUUUAAAAUCUGUACACAAUGACUAUGAUGAGCAUGAAGGAGAUGAUGAUUUUUAUAUUUCAGAAGUUCUUAAGGAGAAUGUGAAUGGUAGCAUGGUUGAUGAUGAAGUGGAAGCUGACUUUGAAGAUGAUAUAGAGGGAAGUGAUGUCCAUAUAGAAGGAGAAACAAAUAACAGUUCUCUUCUUCUUGGCAUGAAUGGGUCUGUCACCUCUCAUAUUUUGCAAACAAAAGAUACAAAGAAAGCAACCCAUGUGACUUCUGGAGAAAAUAAAUGGAUCCAAGUUCGCAAGGGAACCAAAGUAAUUGUCCAAGUUGUCAAAGAGGACCUUGGUACAAAGGGUCCCACUCUGACUGCUUAUCCUAAACUAAAGAGUAGAUUCUGGGUUCUGAUUGCAUGUUGUGAUAAAAUUGGAGUCUCUAAAAAGAUUUCCGGUGUUGAGCGCACGAGGUUGAAAGUUAUAGCGAAGACAUUGCAGCCUGAGGGUUUUGGCCUAACUGUAAGAACUGUUGCUGCUGGUCAUUCUUUUGAGGAACUGCAGAAAGACUUGGAAGGCUUGCUUUCAACAUGGAAAAAUAUAAUGGAACAUGCAAAGUCUGCUGCUCUUGCUGCUGAUGAAGGGGUGGAAGGAGCUGUUCCUGUAAUUUUGCACAGGGCAAUGGGUCAGACUCUCUCAGUGGUCCAGGAUUAUUUCAAUGAAAAUGUUAAGAAAAUGGUGGUCGACUCCCCAAGGACAUUUCAUGAGGUGACCAAUUACCUUCAAGAAAUUGCCCCUGAUCUUUGUGAUCGAGUUGAACUAUAUGAUAAAAAAGUUCCCUUGUUCGAUGAAUUCAACAUUGAAGGAGAGAUAGACAAUAUCCUCAGCAAAAGGGUUCCACUUGCUAAUGGAGGUUCUUUAAUCAUUGAACAAACUGAGGCACUAGUUUCUAUUGAUGUAAAUGGAGGGCACGGGAUGCUUGGUCAUGGAAAUUCCCAACAGCAAGCUAUUCUAGAUGUCAAUCUUGCCGCUGCAAAACAAAUUGCAAGGGAGUUGCGACUACGGGAUAUUGGAGGCAUCAUUGUGGUAGAUUUCAUUGAUAUGACAGAUGAGGCAAAUAAAAGAUUGGUCUAUGAAGAAGUCAAGAAAGCCAUUGAGAGAGAUAGAUCAAUGGUGAAGGUCUCUGAAUUGUCUAGACAUGGACUUAUGGAAAUAACUCGAAAAAGGGUUCGACCAAGCGUGACAUUCAUGAUUAGUGAACCAUGUGCUUGUUGCCAUGCCACAGGCAGGGUGGAAGCUUUAGAGACAUCCUUCUCAAAGAUUGAACAGCAAAUCUGUCGGCUUCUUGCAACAAUGGACCAUAAGGCAGACCCUGAAAAACCCAAGUUGUGGCCAAAAUUUAUUCUGAGGGUUGACCAUCGUAUGUGUGAGUACCUGACUUCAGGGAAAAAGACAAGACUUGCAACAUUGAGCAGUUCUCUCAAAGUUUGGAUUCUCUUGAAGGUUGCCAGAGGGUUCAUUAGAGGAUCGUUCGAGGUCAAACCAUUUACAGAUGACAAGGUGGAAAAAAAUCAGCAUAAAGUUGCCAUUUCAAUGUUAAGAUCCUCAGAGGCCAGAACCAAAACGCCUGGUCAAAAUGUGACUCUUGUUCAAGUAAAAAAAUCAAAGGCUAGGGGAAAAUAAACAGUUCUUACUUGAAAUAGCAUUUGAUCUAGCUCCACAUGAAUUUUUUCUGUGCCAUACUUAGGGAGAAAAACCAGGGUCACAGGGUGGAAGGGCAAAAAUAAUCCGAGUUCACUUUUUGAGAGCAAGUUAGAAACAAGCUGCUAUAGGUUCAGCUUUCAGGCGGGUAUAUACCACCCCGAAACUGAUCACAAUGCGCAAUUUUGUUUGUAAAGAGCACUUUUUUCCAAUUGAUUACGAGUAGCAGUUUUCAUCAUUUGAAACAACUGUCAUGGAGGAAUAAGAGAAACUGGGGUACUCUAGCAGACAUUUAACCUGAUCUACAGAAAUAAUCUACAUUGAUGGAAAAAUUGACUUCCUGUCCGAGAGGGAGAAAAUAGUUCAAGAGUAAUGCUAGUGUCAUCACAAAAACAAUAGCAUGAGCAGAGUUAUGAAUGUUUCAAUAGAGCUACCCCUAUGAUUUUUUUUUUGUACAUCAUUUUUUAUAUUAUUCUUAAAGUAAAUUACAUUGAGACUCCUUUAGAUUUUGUCAAAUUUCUUUUGAUA